AUGCACAAUCAAUGUGAUGUUGUGGGCGAGUCCCCCAGGUACAGUCGCAACAAGCGAAGGCGAUAUCAGCGCCAAAGAUGGAGGGCUCUGUCGCUUAUUUCAGGUCUAAAUGGAGGAGAAGCAGAAGCUAAGGAGAUCAGCAAUCGUCAGAGGAAGAGACGCAUCCAGGGCCACGUGUCUGAAUGCACCAGUGAGGAGGAUGUGCUCAUCAAACGUGAGCUGGACACUUCUACAGAUGUUUCAAAGCACAAGGUUCAGGUUAAAUGCGAAAAUGGAUUCCCGAAUAUAAAAGAGCAGGUGCACUGCAACACGAUCAUGGCAUCUUCCUUAGCACUACCACCACCUCCACAAUCUUGGAUAUAUCCAAACCAAUCUGGGGGCUUCCGGAACCCACACUUUUAUGGUAACCAAAGCUGGAACUCUAGCGUCCCAUAUCAAAAUCAGCCGCAGUGGAAAGCACCAGCACCUGGGCAUCCGCCACCAGCUCAAGAGCGUAGUACCAGGGACCCGUAUAUGAAGCCCUUGCAGGAAACCAGCAAUCGUCAUGUCAUCGAAACCCAUUGGAACAUGGAGUAUAUCCAUCACAACAGCUUCCGCAACAUGGUCGAAGGUCAGACAGCCGUGCAGCAGCAGCAGCAGCAACCACCAUCCGGCGCGGGCGGUGCCAGCGGCGUGGGAAGCACCACCGGAUCCGCAGGAGGACCGACUCCGGCCAACAAUGUGACCAACAGUCAGGCCCAAACCAAUGGGGGUACCACUGCGGCAACAACUGCCGCAGCAGGUACCGGAUCCACGACAAAAGCGGCCGGUGGCCAGGCCACAGCAAACAAUGCUGCGAGCAACAACAACAAUAAUAAUAAUACCAACAACAACAAUAACAACAACGCCACUGCAAACAACAACAAUAAUAAUAACAAUGAGCCAGACCCCAAGACCAAUUUGAUUGUGAACUACUUGCCACAGACAAUGUCGCAGGACGAGAUUCGUUCGUUGUUCGUCAGUUUUGGCGAGGUGGAGAGCUGCAAAUUGAUACGCGACAAGGUGACAGGCCAAAGUCUGGGGUACGGAUUCGUGAACUAUGUGAAGCAGGAGGAUGCGGAAAAGGCAAUCAACGCAUUGAACGGCCUCAGGCUGCAGAACAAAACCAUCAAGGUCUCCAUUGCACGCCCCAGCUCCGAGAGCAUCAAGGGUGCCAAUCUCUAUGUAUCGGGUCUUCCAAAAAAUAUGACACAGUCGGACUUGGAAUCAUUGUUCAGUCCAUACGGCAAGAUCAUAACCUCGCGUAUUCUUUGUGAUAAUAUCACUGAUGAACAUGCUGCGGGUCUCUCCAAGGGCGUUGGCUUUAUACGCUUCGAUCAGCGAUUUGAGGCCGACCGGGCCAUAAAAGAGCUGAACGGCACCACUCCGAAGAAUUCCACCGAACCCAUCACCGUCAAGUUCGCCAACAAUCCUAGCAGCAAUAAGAACAGCAUGCAGCCUUUGGCAGCCUACAUAGCGCCCCAAAACACGCGUGGCGGACGAGCAUUUCCGGCCAACGCUGCUGCUGGAGCGGCAGCCGCCGCCGCUGCAGCUGCCAUUCACCCCAACGCGGGUCGUUACAGCUCUGUAAUCUCGCGGUACUCACCGCUGACCAGUGACCUGAUCACCAAUGGCAUGAUCCAGGGCAACACCAUUGCCAGCUCCGGCUGGUGCAUUUUCGUCUACAACCUGGCGCCCGAGACCGAGGAAAACGUGCUCUGGCAGCUGUUUGGUCCUUUCGGAGCAGUACAGUCGGUUAAGGUGAUUCGUGAUCUGCAGAGCAACAAGUGCAAGGGCUUUGGCUUUGUCACCAUGACGAAUUACGAAGAGGCUGUUCUGGCCAUCCAGUCGCUGAACGGCUACACACUUGGCAACCGAGUUCUUCAGGUCAGCUUCAAGACCAACAAGAACAAGCAAACGUAAUUAUUAACCAAGUUGGCUGCUGUUGUCAAUGCCAAUGCGGCGGCGGCAGCUCUGGCGGCCAAUGGUCUAGUCCUCCAUAAUCAUCACCACCACAGCAACAUCGGUAGCAUCAGCAAUAAUAAUAACAACAGCAACGGCUGCAACGCAGCAGCCUAUCAACUUGGCAAAUACGCUAACCAAAGCAGCAACAACAGGCAGCACAACAUCAACAGUAGCACUAGCAACACGAGCAAACAGAAGCCAGCAUCCUCGAGCAACAAGCAACAAUCAAUGGCGCCACCUAAGAGAUUAGCGAGCAGCACUGCAGCAACAGCAGGGGAUUUGGUCGCAACUGCCACCAACAGCAGUAGCAGCAGCCAUUCGGCGUCCAGCGGCGAUGCUGGAGCCACCGGCACAGCUGCAUCCUCCUCGUCGUCGUCGUCGAGCAACAACAUCCUGAAGACAUCCACGAAGUUUAUUUACAAUAAGCCCCAAAACCACUACGAGUUGUUGCAGCAGCAGCUUCAGCUGCAGCAGGAGUUCGCCCAGUUCUUGACCAAUGUGGCCAACAGCGCCGCAACUCCAUCUAGCAACGGCUCGGCUAACUCGACAAACCAGCGUAAUGGAGGUGGAACCAUCGGCAUGGGUCUGGGAAUGUCGGCCAACUCAGCUGGCGGAGGUUCCGGCAACAAAAACAGUAACGGCAACAAUGGCUAUAUGCCAACCUGGUCUAAUUGGUUCUUUUAAAGUUUACUUUGGUUUGUCAUCAGUCCAUUUCACGGAUUCUUUGUAAUUUUAGGCAUCGACUACUCAGUUUUUGAUUUAUUGAUAUAAGUUUAAAAUGCGCGAAGUAACAGAAUUGUUCACAUCUUGAGUUAAGAAUUUGUUUUUUCAGUGAAAUAAUGUAACCAUAAUUUCUUACGUUGAUUAAGUUUUGAAAUCGUUUUUUGUUUAUGCCCCCAUGAUUUUUUUAAGAUUAGAUUCAAUUUGUAGAACUUACAUCUUUCGUUAAUGCACUUUUAAACCGUCUAGUCGACUCUCCCAAAGAGAAAAGCUUCCAUGAGGAAAAGGGGAAACAGAAAAGAUAAUGCUUUAGUUAAGUUUUUGUUUGAGGUGUAAAAAGCGCAUACUCUACGGAUAUUUUUAAACAAGAGUAAAAAUACAACUUGCAGGCAUUGAAGCCCCAAUCCACCAAAGAAUGAAAACAAACUUGACAAAUAUUUAAGCUAAAAAUAAAUGUAUAAAAAGAGAUACGAAAACAGAACUGAAUGAGUAAACAGAUAGAGGCGUUUGGCUUAUAGUCAAACCACUUGCAAAUAGACAAUGCAGAAUGAGAAGGAAGCUAGAUGCGAAAGAAAACCAAACAAAGAAAAACA